AUGUCCAACGCUGGAGCUGAGCAAGUUCGAUUCCGCUGCGCCAUCGCCGCAGUCAACUCCGAGGAGAACAUCCGGGUCUACUCCCAGGAUAUCCACGGCGGCAUCCGCGAAGUGACCUGCCAGAAUGGCCAGUGGUCCGGCGGCUCGGAGCGAGACAUCGUUGCCCACGGCAUUCUGGGAACUCCCCUGGCUGCUGUUUGCAGGAACAGGAACGAGAUGAUCCACGUUUUCUACAUCGGCGACAACAAUGUCGUCCGCGAAGUGUGCCGCGAGUCCGACGGCAAAUGGCACCACGGCGAGCUCGACCAGUCCCAGAUCCGCGUUGCGCCGUACUCCAUGCUGGCUGCCUGCUCUACUGGCGGACGCGGCCAGCAUGGCGGCCAGGGCAACGAGCACGAGGAGAUCCGCUUGUUUGCCCAGAUGCAGAACAACGAGAUUCAGGAGUUCCGCUGCGAUGAACGCGGACGCUGGAGCAAGCAGUCCAACGUCGGCCGUGCUCUCCCCGGAACCGCUAUGGACUGCACCAUCUUGCAGGGACAGGGCCAGGGCGGCGGCCAGAACGAAAUGUCCAUGAGACUCAUCUACCAAGACGACAACAGACACAUCAUGGAAGCCCGCUGCCACCAGAACAAGAAGUGGCAGGCGCAUAACGAGAUCGUCAAGCAGGCCCUCCCGCGCACCGACCUGACCCUCGUCACCUGCACCGACCAGGAGGGCAAAGGCAACGACAACAACGUGGAGCUCCGCCUGUACUAUGUCGACCACAACAACCGCAUGAAGGAGAUGGUGCAGAGCAACCAGGACCAGGACAACUGGAAGAAGGGCCACCUCGACGAACAAUGCGUGGCCGGCAGCCAGGUGGCCGCCGUGUCCUGGGGCAAGAGCAACCAGUGCAACAUCCGCGUGUACUUCCAGCACGGCAGGUAUGUCACUGCGAUCUCGGAGUGGAUGUUCCGCGGCAGUGGCAAGGGAAGCCAGAAGUGGGAGCAGGGCAAGGAGGCGCUUCCUCCGGCUGAUAAGCACCAGCAGCAGUAG